AUGGCAAACAUCGAGCCAAUGAGUAUACGGGUAGGAUAUGCUGACAUCCUGGAGCCUAGGAGGAAGCCGGGAGGCAUUGUUGGAUUUAUGACUCGGAAUUGGUAUCCGCAACAGACUAUGACUUUGGACAAGAAGUAUUCACCAGAGGAUCUCAAAAGUAUGGUUGCUAACUCUUUGUACAUGGACUCGAUUUUGGAAUCGAUUUGUUCAAGAACUGGUGUCACUAAAGAAGAGCUGCAGAAGCAGGUACACCAUUUCUUGGAAGAAAUGGGCCUUGAUAAGAAGGUCCAUGUGAUUAGGUGGAUGGGGGUGCUGUUCCUCAAAAUCUGCUUCAUGAUGAAAAUCAAGAUGUAUGUCAAUGAAGCUGCUGUAUUUAAGCUGAAGUCGAUAAUGGGCAACAAUCCAGUCCUGUUCCUGCCCACCCACAGGAGUUACGCAGAUUUCUGCCUGAUGACCUAUCUGUGUUACCAUUUCAACAUCGAUUUCCCAGCCGUAGCUGCUGGCAUGGAUUUCUACUCCAUGGCGGUAAUAGGUCGUCGUAUGAGGGAGACUGGCGCCUUCUACAUCCGUCGCACGUUAGGCGGAGAUGAAUUGUACGCUGUCACUCUGAAACAGUACGUCAAGACUGUGGUGGCUAAACAUACUGCACCCAUUGAAUUUUUCCUUGAGGGAACUCGCAGCCGGAGCAACAAGAGCAUGCCCCCUAAAUAUGGUAUGUUGUCCAUGGCAAUGGUUCCAUUCUUCUCUCAUGAGGUGUCUGACAUCACUAUUGUGCCCGUGAACAUCAGCUACGACAGGCUCAUGGAGACUACUCUGUUUGCUUACGAACAUCUUGGAGUGCCCAAGCCUAAAGAGUCCACUGGGGGCUUCCUUAGAGCGCUGCACAAUUUGAACGAUCAUUUUGGCAACAUCUACCUCAACGUUGGCGAACCAAUUUCUGCCAGGGAAUUCUUUAACCGCUAUUCCCAAGUAUUAAAUUCUCCAGAGACGUCUAAGCCCAUGGAUUUGCAGGCGGUCACACCGGAACAGUUCAAACAAGUGCAGUUGCUUGCAGACUAUGUCAUAAGUAUGCAACAGAAGAACACGAUAAUAACCAUCUCCAAUCUUGUGGCCCUCGUUUUGAUGCAGAGCCUUUCAGUUAAUAGAGUUUUGAGGAUUGAUGAAGUGUAUGCAGAAGUCGAAUGGUUUAUUGAUGAAUUAGGGUUGUUUGGAGCUCCAGUGUUUAUGGAUAUAAAAGGCGCCAUCGAAAGGAUCCUUGUGGUGCAUCAGAAGAUAAUGAAGUUGGAUCACGAGAAACGGCUGAAACUGGUCAUUGGAAACCCGACGGAGAUAUCGGAUGAAGUCAAAAAUAAAAUUAAGGGCCAAAUACUUCAGCCUGAGACGAUGGCGACGGCGGUGUCAGUGAUCCAACUCCAGUUGUACGUGAACCCAGUGGUUCACUACCUAGUGCCCGCUGCUCUCACCUAUCUUUCUGUGUUUUGCGAUCCUGGUCGAACUACAAGGGUAUACAGUGAACGAGUUAGGCAUCUGAGGAAAAUGCUUAGUCACGAGUUUUUCUACUUAGAAUCAGACGUAAAAGAUAAAUUUAAAAAUGCGGUUGAGUACUGCGUGCAAUCCGACGUCCUUGUGUAUGACGCCCAAGGGGACACGUUCACGGUCGGACCAGAUUUAAGGAAACGGUGGAUGUUGACGUGGACCAUGGCGCCUUUCAUCACCACAUUGCACGUGACCAUUUUAAUGAUGAUGGAGCAAGAAGGGCCGAUCGUUGAGGCGGAGGCGGUGAAGAUAAUCCAACGUAAAGUGGAGGAACGGAUCCAGCCUCAAGCGGGGAAGUGGCUCGGCCACCCGUACAGUCUCAGCUUAGAUGUGGCACGCAAUUGUCUCAGGGGACUCGCUGACAUUGGGGCUCUCAUUAAACAUCGAGGAGACAACAUAUCAUAUGAAAAGGUACAUUUUAAUUUGGAAAAGUCUAUAAAUCUGGCUGUGUCUGUUUUACACGUAAUUCCUGUAGACUAUAAUAACAGUAAAGUAGUUUGCAACAAACAGUUUCAGGCCCGACUUUAA